AGUUUCUAUAUAUUUCAAGCCCCCAACACACUCUCAUAGAUACCUCCUCUCUUUUUUUUUCUUCUUAGUCUUUUCUUUUCAACUUUAAACCUUAUAAAACCAUAAAAGCUAUAUACCUACUUGCCACAGCUCAUUUCUCAAUUUCCUAAACUAUUCUACAAUCCAGUCAGAGUAUAAACAAACAACUUAAGGCUUUUUUUUGCUACAUUGUUUAAUAUGUCAAACAGAAGAUCAAGGCAGUCUACAAGUGCUCCACGGAUCUCCGAUGAUCAAAUCAUCGACCUUGUAACUAAGCUCCGUCAGAUUUUGCCGGAGAUUGGCCAACGUGGUCGUUCCGAUAAGGUCUCAGCCUCGAAAGUGCUGCAAGAGACAUGCAACUACAUACGAAACUUGAACAGAGAAGUUGACAACCUCAGCGAACGUUUGGCUCAACUUCUCGAAUCCGUCGAUGAAAAUAGCCCUGAAGCAGCAGUCAUUAGAAGUCUACUCAUGUAAUCAUUUAUGAGUUUCUAUAUAAUGUCCUUUAUUUUAUGAAAUUUUAAAAGAAAUGAAAUUGAUCAAAUGUUUUGAAAA